AUGGCCGGGGCCGCGAGGAGCGCUUUCCUGCUCCUGCUCUUCGGGGCGCACAGCCUGCAGGCCGAUCGGCCAGGUUUUCAGCAGUUAUCACAUCUGUCUUCCUAUGACAUUAUUGUUCCCGAGAGGGUUACUAGAGAACGGCGAGAAGUAUCUGGUUCCUCUUUGGCACAGGACAAGUCAUCAUACGUUGUUGAAGUUGAAGGAAGGAAACAUAUCAUUCACCUAGAAAGAAACAAAGGGCUUUUGCCUAAAGACUUCACAGUUUAUACAUACAAUGAAGAUGGAACAUUGCAUUCUGAAGUUCCAGAUAUCCAGGCCCACUGCCACUAUCAGGGAUACAUUGAAGGAAUAUCAGAUUCCGUUGUUGCUGUCAGCACUUGCUUUGGACUCAGGGGGCUGCUGCAAGUCGAGAACAUCACCUAUGGAAUCGAACCUACGGAGUCGCCUUCUGGCUUUCAACACAUCAUCUACCGAAUGGAGAACGUGAAGAAAGAGCCCAUGGCCUGUGGGGCUGCUGAUCCAGAUAUGAAAUGGGAAACAAUGGACCAUUCACACACCCAUGAUGUGACUCAGCUGCUGAGAAGAAAAAGAGGUGUCCUUCUACAGACAAGAUACGUGGAGCUCUUCAUAGUUGUAGACAAUGAAAGGUAUGUGCAACUCGGCAAGAAUGAAACUGCUGUGAGAGAAGAGAUGGUGCAGCUGGCCAACUACUUGGACAGUAUGUACAGUAUGCUGAAUAUCCGUGUUGUCUUGGUGGGCUUGGAGAUCUGGACAAGAGCAAAUAGGAUCAGCAUAGAAGGAGGUGCAGGGGAUGUUCUUUCUAACUUCGUCCAGUGGCGAGAACAGGACCUUAUCUUGCGCCGAAGACACGACAGCGCACAGUUUGUUCUGAAAAGAGCGUUUGGUGGCACAGCGGGAAUGGCCUAUGUGGGAACAGUGUGUUCCAAGACUCAUGCCGGAGGGAUUAAUGUGUUCGGACAGAUGAGCGUGCAGAUGUUCGCUUCCAUUGUUGCUCAUGAACUUGGCCAUAACUUGGGAAUGAACCAUGAUGAUGAUAGAGCCUGUACCUGUGAAAUAAAGAACUGCAUUAUGAGCUCUGGAGCAUCAGGGGCCAUGAACUUCAGCAGCUGCAGCACAGAAGACUUUGAAAAGCUAACUCUGAACAAAGGCGGAAGUUGCCUUCUUAAUGUUCCUAGGCCAGAAGAAACCUAUAGUCCCCCAUAUUGUGGCAACAAGUUAGUGGAUGCUGGAGAGGACUGCGAUUGUGGAUCACCAGAGGAAUGUAAAUCCGAUCCAUGCUGUGAAGCAGGAACUUGUAAACUGCGCUCGGGAGCUGAGUGUGCUUAUGGAGACUGCUGUCUGAACUGUUAUUACCUUUCCCAGGGCACCCAGUGCCGAGAGAGUGCCAAUGAGUGUGACCUUCCUGAGUACUGCAACGGAACGUCUCCGUUCUGUCCACAAGAUGUCACCAUUCAAAAUGGGCACCCGUGCCACAACAAUGAAGCUUAUUGCUACAAUGGGAUGUGCCAGUAUUAUGAUGCGCAGUGCAAGGCCAUCUUUGGCUCAAAGGCAAAGGCCGCCCCAGAGGUUUGCUUUUCUGAAGUGAAUUCAAAAGGUGACAGGUUUGGAAACUGUGGUUAUCAUGGCCACGACUACAAGAAGUGCUCAAGCUGGAACGCCAUGUGUGGGAAGCUGCAGUGUGAGAAUGUGGAAACUCUCCCAGUCUUUGGGAUUGAGCCUGCUAUUAUUCAGUCUCGCAUCAAAGGCAGCGUCUGUUGGGGAGUGGACUUCCAGCUGGGGUCAGAUGUACCAGAUCCAGGGAUGGUGAAUGAAGGCACAAAAUGUGCCCCUGGAAAGAUAUGUAAGCACUACCAGUGCGUAGAUGUAGCUGUUCUGGGUUAUGACUGUGACGUACAUAGUAAAUGCAAUGGAAAUGGGGUGUGCAACAGCAAUAAGAACUGCCACUGUCAUCCAGGAUGGGCUCCUCCGUACUGUGACUCCAAAGGCUAUGGGGGCAGUCUGGACAGCGGUCCUACGUAUAAUGGAAUGGACAACACAACAAAAAAUUGGUUACUGGCAUUCUUCUUCGUGGUCGUCCCCAUAUUGCUUAUUUUGCUGUUCUGUUAUGUAAUAAGAGACAAUUACAUUCAUUCCCUAAUGCCGCUGGUAGAACACUGUAGAUGUUGGGGCGGGCCACCAGCGAGCUCAAUUCAGGAGCCUGUACAUGCAGAAUGCCCACCGAGUGCGCCAUAUUAUUCGAGAAGACUGUCUAGUCAAAUGAACCUGCAACCAAAUAAAUACACCGUGCCAUCAUACACAGUUAAUCCACAACCUUAUUCUAAACCUGACUGUCACGCUUCUCCUCUUCCUUCUCUGCAGCCCAUGGAACAGCAGUGUAUACCACAAAGGCCUCCACCUCCAGUGCUGAAGAAGAAAACUCAGGAACACUACUACCCUUCUCGGCCAGCACCGUUGCCACCUGUAUAACUUUCCGUUUUCUUUCACGAGCUGACCUGUUUGCCAAGAUGGAGCUUUAUCUGUCUUGCAUCAAGUGACCCUUGUAACUCUUCCUUCUCCCUGGGCACUGGAUAAGGAAAAAAAAAUGAAAUGCAAAACCAAGGAAUGUAAACUUAUCAAGCAAAUACCUCUACCAAAGCUGCAGAAACUGAAAUGAGCAAGCCUGUGAAGACUGUCUGUACAAACUGCAGUGGGCUGGACC